AGAAAAGUCCUCCAAGACACAGAAUAAUUGGUAAAUCUGGACAAGAGCACAGACUUGUAACUGCAAAGACCAGGGAUUUUUAUAUAUUCUCGUGGAAAGAGAUCCGAAGGUCUUUACUAGCUAACUUGCUGGGAAAUGCCCAAAGUCAAAAGAAGCCGGAAAGCGCCUCCAGAUGGCUGGGAGCUAAUUGAGCCAACAUUGGAUGAAUUGGAUCAAAAGAUGAGAGAAGCUGAAACUGAACCCCAUGAGGGAAAGAGGAAAGUGGAAUCUCUGUGGCCCAUCUUCAGAAUCCAUCACCAGAAAACCAGAUAUAUCUUCGACCUCUUUUACAAGAGGAAAGCCAUAAGUAGAGAACUCUAUGAAUACUGCAUUAAAGAAGGCUAUGCAGACAAAAACCUGAUUGCAAAGUGGAAAAAGCAGGGCUACGAGAAUCUGUGCUGCCUCCGCUGCAUUCAGACUCGGGACACCAACUUUGGGACAAAUUGCAUUUGCCGGGUUCCAAAAAGCAAGCUAGAAGUGGGUCGCAUCAUUGAGUGCACGCACUGUGGUUGCCGGGGUUGCUCUGGCUGACACCUUUGACUCCUCUACAUUCUGGACUUUGGACCUUGUUGGCUCCUGCCUUAUUGGGCUACCCCCCUCCUGGAGCAGCUCUUCUCAGAGUGGUGCCCAGAGAAGAGACCCAGAGGGAACAUGGGCUCUACAAGUGAAGGCUUCACUAGCUGAAAUCUGUAAAAAUAAAACCUUUAGACCUCUUG